GCGCCAGCCAGGCUCCUCCCGCUCCCGCACCGCCUCCCUCUCCCCACCCACCGCACGUACUAAGGAAGGCUCACAGCCUGCUGCCCUCGCUUCGCCGCCCUGAGUCUAGCUAGCCCAGAAUCCGCAGCGCCUUGGCCAAGGCUUCAACAGACCACAUCAAAAUGCCAUCUCAAAUGGAACAUGCCAUGGAAACCAUGAUGUUUACAUUUCAUAAAUUUGCUGGGGACAAAGGCUACUUAACAAAGGAGGACCUGAGAGUACUCAUGGAAAAGGAGUUCCCUGGAUUUUUGGAAAAUCAAAAAGACCCUCUGGCCGUGGACAAAAUAAUGAAGGACCUGGACCAGUGCAGAGACGGCAAAGUGGGCUUCCAGAGCUUCUUUUCCCUAAUUGCAGGCCUCACCAUUGCAUGCAAUGACUAUUUUGUAGUACACAUGAAGCAGAAAGGAAAGAAGUAGGCAGAAACGAGCAAUUCCCCUGGCCCUGAUAAGAGUUGUCCCAAAGGGUCACUUAAGGAAUCUGCCCCACAGCUUCCCCCAUAUAAGGAUUUCAUGAGCAGAUCAGGACCCUUAGCAAGUGUACAAAUAAAAUCUAACUCCCAUUUGACGAGCAGAGAAAGAAAAGUUAAAUGCCAGACAAGCUUUUGAUUUUUGUAUUUUUUGCAUUCCCUUGCCUUCAAUAAAUAAGUUCUUUUUUAGUUCUGAA